GCAACUCGUCAAUUAUUAUUUUGAUAUUGACUCGCGACCUAUUUUUUAAAAAAAUGCUACGAUCCUGCGGUAAAAUAUUACAAAAUGUGUCAUUUAGAGUUUCUAGUAUCCGUACCAUGACACAUUAUCCCAUCGAUGAUGCCAUGUUUGGAUUGAGCGAGGAACAAAGUGCUUUACGUCAGACUGUUUUUAAUUUCGCACAAAAGGAACUGGCACCUUUCGCUUACGAGAUUGAUAAAAACAAUGAGUUUAAAGAUUUGAGAAGCUUUUGGAAGAAGAUGGGAAGUUUAGGUUUAUUAGGAAUUACAGCUGCAACAGAAUAUGGUGGAACUGGUGGAUCAUAUUUGGAUCACGCAAUUAUUAAUGAAGAAAUUUCACGAGCUUCAGGUGCCAUAUCAUUAUCAUACGGUGCACAUUCUAAUCUCUGUGUCAAUCAAAUCAACAGAAAUGGUUCCCAUGAACAGAAAGAAAAAUAUUUGCCAAAGCUCUGUUCUGGAGAGCAUAUGGGUGCCUUAGCAAUGAGUGAAGCAGGAAGUGGAUCUGAUGUUGUGUCAAUGAAAUUGAAAGCUGAAAAGAAAGGAGAUUAUUAUGUCUUGAAUGGAACAAAGUUUUGGAUCACGAAUGGACCUGAUGCUGAUGUUCUUGUGGUUUAUGCUAAAACGGAUACUAAUGUAUCACCUCAACAUGGAAUAACAGCAUUUUUAAUCGAGAAAAACUUUGAAGGGUUCAGUACCGGACCAAAGUUGGAUAAGCUCGGUAUUCGUGGAUCAGGCACUUGUGAAUUAAUUUUUCAAGAUUGCAAAGUACCAGCGACAAAUGUUCUUGGGGAUUUAAACAAAGGAGUUUAUGUGCUGAUGAGUGGAUUGGAUUAUGAGAGAAUGGUACUAGCUGGUGGCCCAGUUGGCUUGAUGCAAGCUGCUUGUGAUGUUGCCUUCGAAUAUGCUCAUUCAAGAAAGCAAUUCAAUCAAAGAAUUGGAGAGUUUCAACUUUUACAAGGUAAAAUGGCUGAUAUGUAUACAACAUUAAAUGCCUGCAGAAGCUAUUUAUAUAAUGUUGCUAAGGCUUGUGAUUUGGGAAAAGCAAACCCAAAAGAUUGUGCUGGAGUUAUUCUUUAUUGUGCUGAAAAAGCAACUCAAGUUGGACUUGAUGCAAUUCAAAUACUCGGCGAUGGCUCCAAAAAAUGUCCAAUUUGUAAAAUUUCUGCAAACUUCAAAAAUGUCAUGAAGCUCCCAGAUACAAUGAAAGUAUUUUUCAAGCCAGUUUCAUUAGCAAAACCAGCUCAAAUAAUGGAUUUUCAACGAAAACAUCAAAAACGGUUGGUGAAGUUGGCGAGUGAAUAUAAAGUAAAAACAGCUAAAAUAAAAGCUAAGAUAGAAAAGGAAGAUUUGGAAAUUAAGAAAAUGUUAACUGCUUACGAAAAAUUGGUUUCUCGUCGCAAGCAGAUGCAAGAGAAGCUUUACAAAAUUUAUUUGGCUAAUCAAAAACGAAAACCUGAAAUGAUGUAUCGAGAUUCAAGAGAAAAUACGAUGUCAACUUCUGUUUCUCAUAUUUCAAAUCAUUCUUCUUUAUCUCAUUCAAGAACUUUCAUCAAUCCUAAUUCUUCAAUGACAAAAGGCAAAUCCGGCUCCAGCUUCUUUAAUGAAGACGCUCCGAUGCUUCAAAGCCAAUCAAAACGCGUUAACAAACAAUGCAAUUUCUUUCAAAAUUCUUCUCUGCCAUCUCAAAGCAGUCGAAAACCAUUCUUUGCUUAAUGCAAAGCUUAUAACUUGUUUUCUCUUUAUUGAUUAAUUGAUUAUUUAGCUUUCAUUAAUAAAAAUUGACCAUUUUGAAUUAUAAAUAUCUGCAAGAAUGUCUUUCUUUAAAAUCUUCUGCUGAUUAAAAGCUCUUGAAAAAACGUCUUUUUUAGUUAGGUACAUUUAAAUAGAUGAAAAAUUAAGUUUAGAGAAAA